UGCGGCCAGGUUGCCCGGGGGGACAGCCUGCUCCGUACUGAACAAAUCGGGCUCGCUCUGGGGAGCGGGACGGUUCCCUUUCGCUCCUCUGAAGCCGCAAGUUGUUUCCAGUGUCUGUUUUACUCACAGAACACAGUCCUAAGUUUUGUGAGGCUCCUGAGUUGCCUUUUAAUUCCCCAGGCCUGAAUUCUGUCGAGUGUGGAUAACAAUUUACCUCUUAAGGUAGAUCGCAGUGAGAGGAGUCCGACCUGCACCUCUUCGAUGCGAACAAACCCAUCACACAGUAGCGCUGCCCGCGCCCGGUCAAACACUUGCAUAAGCCUCUGUCAUAGCGAAUGUGCUCCUUAUGACACGCUUUACUUUUUGCCGGUGCUAUUUAGUCUCAGAAUAACGUCAACUUAUUAAAGCGUUGAGAAUUGCUCUGAAAGAAUUAAUUACUGCCUUCCCCCCACCAGACCCAAAGCAAAGGCUGAGGAACUAAUUUGAUCAUGUGAAGGCCAAACCGUGGUUCUGCAAUAUCAAAACAGGACAAAAAAGCUCAACCAAGUGGUUGGUACUAAAAUGAUAUGGGUGGCAGUCAUUGGUGAUUGGUUCAACCUCAUAUUUAAAUGGAUUUUAUUUGGCCAUCGCCCAUACUGGUGGGUGCAAGAAACAAUGAUUUAUCCUAAUCAAUCAAGCCCAUGCCUUGAACAGUUUCCUAUAACGUGUGAAACUGGACCAGGAAGCCCAUCUGGACAUGCCAUGGGAUCAUCCUGCGUCUGGUAUGUAAUGGUCACUGCAGCACUUAGCUACACAGUUAGAUGGAAAGAUAAAUUAGCUGUUACCCUUCACAGACUGACAUGGUCAUUCCUCUGGAGUAUUUUUUGGAUUAUCCAGAUCAGUGUGUGCAUUUCAAGAGUAUUCAUAGCAACACAUUUUCCUCAUCAAGUUAUUCUUGGAGUAUUUGCUGGCAUUCUUGUGGCAGAAGCAUUUGAGCAUACCCCUGCUAUUCAGACUGCGAGCUUGAGAAUGUACAUCAAGACAAACUUGUUUCUUUUCAUCUUUGCCCUUGGGUUUUAUCUAUCCCUCAAACUUCUUGAUAUUGAUUUGUUAUGGUCUGUUCCAAAGGCCAAGAAGUGGUGUGCCAACCCAGACUGGAUAAACAUUGACACAACUCCAUUUGCUGGACUGGUGAGGAAUUUAGGGGCACUCUUUGGUUUAGGUCUUGGAAUUAAUUCUGAAAUGUUCGUCACAAGCUGCAAAGGUAAAAAUAGCUGCAAGCUAAGUUUUCGCAUAUUGUGUAUAGCUGCUUCUUUAGCUACACUGCAGCUGUAUAAUUUCAUUAAGAUACCUACUCAUACUGAGUAUUUGUUCUACAUUCUCUCCUUCUGUAAGAGUGCAGCUAUGCCUCUGACUGUAGUUGCCUUGGUUCCAUACUGUGUCCACUCAUUAAUGAAGACAACUGAAAAGAAACUUAAUUAAGUAAAGGUUCAAAAUGAUUAGCAAUGUGGGGAUGGAUAUGAGCUGUUCAAGAACCUUCCACAAAGGCAGUUUUGCUAACUCAUUUUAACUAAAGGGAUGCUACUGCAUCUUUGAUGUGCUCCUGGUAAGUAACCAGUACGUCCAAAAUCAGUACUCUCUAGAAUGAUUUUGGCAGCUCAUAAAUAUUAGUUGCUGAUUCCUAGAAAUAUUGCAAUCACACUGCAGUAUGGUUAGAAAUGACCCAAUACUCUGGGUCAUAACAAAGUUUUAAAGUAUAAUCAACUAGUUUUAUUUAGCUAUAUGGUGGUCUUUAAGUUCUUUCCAUCUCUAGCUAGAUGAUGCUUCAAGCAUCAGUUGUACAUAGUGAUACUCGGUAUUUAAUUUUUAUAUAUAGAUACUGUGUGUUAAACUGCUACAUAAUGGUGUGACAGUAUCACACCACCUACGACUGGACUGUACGGCUGUACCCAGGCACUGUGAAAAAGGCCAGCGUAGUUAUAAGCAAGGCUUUACAUUUAACUUAUUGAGCUUCCUGAGCAAAACAGCUUCUGAUUAAGUCAGAUGAGAAAAAAGAAGUUUAUUUCCAUUAUACUCUGCAGAAUAUAUUUUUGCAUUACUAUGUGGGUUUUGUCAUUCUUACUUUUUCAAAGUGAUCACAUAAAUCAUGAAUGAUACAGAUCACAUCUUUGAAAGUUGUCAAUGAUGAAAUUAUCUCAGUAUAUGACCUCAAGAAUAUUGUUCAUGCUCCUAUAUUGCAAAGAUAGCUUUUUGCUAAUUCUCUCAGAUCAAGAGACACAAGCCUGAAUCACUGUUAGUAGUUGUGUAAAUCAUGAAAAUGUGGUUGCAGACUGUCAUUGCAACUUUAUAUUCUUGUCAGCUUUGUUUACCUAAGCACACAAGUAGCUCGUAUGUUAAAUAUGUUUGCUAUAUAAAAUGGAUGUUCUAAAUAGGCAAAGGUGGGUACUUUCCAUUUUUACUCAUUAUUUGGCAUCUACUGUUGCAUAUUCCCUUUCAGUACACAAUUUUUAAGCAAUAUUUUGCUGAUACCAUCUCAUAAUACUUGGUAUACAAGCUGUUUAUACAUAGCCUUAGUAUACAAGGCCAUAAGACGAGUAAUGAGGGCUGUGUAUGUAUGAUCUGAAAAAAAUAAGGCUUAGAAGAUGUAAACAUGAUGUUGUUUCCAGACUUCCAAUUAGGUGUGGGAUAAUUCAAACUGAAAGAAUCUUAUUUAAUUUGGGUAAACAAAGUGAAUAGUUUUGUAUUGGCCUUUAGGAAUAAACAUUAUACAAAUUAUACAUUACAGCAGCAAAUCUGAAACAGGCAUCCUUAUUUAAGAGCCUAGUAAGACUACCUUGACUUAAAAAAAUGAGUCAUCUGGUUUUAACAGUUUGAGGAGUAUUCUACUUUGUCUAUCUCCUCAUAUCUUCUGUACUGGAUCUCUGAACUCUUUUUCCUGCAGCAGCUGACCUGAAACCAGUCAUUUCUAUAAUUGUAAUUCCUUAAGCAAAAUUACUAAACUAAUGGGACUAGAAACAAAUAACCAAGAACAAAGACAGCCAAGACAAAGAUCAGCUGUGUUAAGUUGCUCUGUGCUUUGUUAUUCCCUACCAGUGAGGUGACCUACAGAGGCAUCACAGAACACUAGCAGGUUGGUCUAGCUGUCCUUCUAUUUCUGGCUCCUUCUGGCCAGCAGUAGGGGAUGCUUUCACAACAGCAUUUGGAUUUAGUGGCAAUGUUGGCAAUUUUAAGCUGGGAGUUAUGGGUAGACAUCACAUUUUUAAGCUUCUACCACAUGAGGGUCUCUGCUUCCUGGCCCUGGCAAAGCAUCUUGGUGCCUCUGUUGGGAUAGACACAACCAUAAAUGUAUAAUGACAACUGGCAUUUCUGCAGAAGACAGCAAAUGACACCAUCUACUGUCAAGACUAACAAUUCAGGCUUGAAAGAUGUAAGCAAAUGCCUUUGGGUUGGCUCAGGGACUUGUCACCAAGUUCCAGGGCUGGGACAUCUUGCUGUGAGGCAGCUACGGCGGCACGACCAGUCCAGCUCUGCACCGAGCAGUCCAUCAAGGCUUGUUGCUCAUGCCCAGACAUACUGUGUAGCUCCACUUGAAAUUUAAUCCCUUUGCACAGGUACCAAAGGUCUUUAUAAUCAACUGGUUGUCAGUAGCACAUAGAAAUUAAGUGGCAGGAGCUGGCACUCAGCAAUGUGCAACUGUUUGUGUGUGCUGUGAGUGCCUGCAUGCUUCUGGGAAGUACCAGCAUACUUCCCAACACUUAGCUCUCGAUAUUUCCUAGCUGCUUGAAAACAGGAUGUUACAAUGAAGAGCAGUAGCAGUGCCAUCUAGGUGGGGCCGUGUCCCUGUGCUCCUGCAAGGGGAUGACAGGCAGGGGCUAGUGUUCUUGAGCUGGCCUUCUCUGCAGCUCUGUCCUGCACAGCAGACCCUUGUCACAGACAUGAUCCAGAAAUACCUGUUAGCUGGUGCAAGAUAUUCAUGUGCCUGUCUGAAGGGUAAGAGAAGUGCUAAAGUACAAGAGCAAGUGAAAAAAUACAAUUCAUUGGUUUAAUUUGGGUCAUGAAAAUGGUGUCCUUUUAGGCAAAAGACUUAUGAAAUAAGUACACAUAGUCAUGGUAGUUUUUAAUAAAGAGUCAUUAUUUUUCCAUGGCCUUAAAUACUAAUAUAAAUUAAAUAUCAUAUAGGUAUGUCAGUAGCUUAUUCAUACUGAUAUUUAUAUUGAUACUCUGUCGAUAUUUUCAGUCCUAAGCCAUCAAACUAAUUAUUGCUCUGAAACAAAAAAGGCUGAAAAUAUUAAAGCAAAUAAUGCAGCUUUUUUUUUUAAUUUCUAGUUAAGGUUUAAAAUACAGACUUCCUUGAGAAAAUAGCCAUUUCAGUGCCAGCUGUGUGAGUUCAGUAGGGACUUUGGCAGCAAUUCUAUUAAUGGAUUUGUACAAAAGUUGAAAUUGGGUUUUGCUACCUGAAAUUAAGGGAUGUAUCCUAAUAAAAUUUUCAUCCUUACAGCUCUAUUCAAUUACUGAUACUGUUACAUAGUUUUAUAAAAAGUGGUGUGAUUUUUUUAUAAAGUGAGUGGAACCACCCCCUGCCCUGCAGAUUUUAGGAUAUGGAGAAUGACUUUUCUGGUUAAUACUCUAUUAUUCAAAAUCAAUAUUUAAAUGUUGGAACUGUAAUUUGUACUUUCAGUCUAUCUGCUUUGUCUCCAAGAUCCUAGUCACUAAAGCAAAGAGUGCUGUUGUGCUGCAGACAAUAACUCAUAUUUCAGAGAAACCUGCAGUAGAUCUUGUAAUAAACUGUGAUAGAUACAAGCUUCUGCCAAAAGAAGCUCCUUCUUGACCUUUGUCAUAUCUGAAUGCAUUGUUGGUGUUUAUCAACUGUAUUUAAUGCAAACAAAGAGCUAAUUAUGGGGUUUUUUCCACCUUUACUGAUUAUGAUUUCUAUAAAAAUACACAUUAUUGUCUUGCCUUCCAAAAAAAAAAAAAAAGAACUGGUUUAAAUAACUGAUGAUUAACUGUAGGAUUUUACAUUAAUUUAUCCAAAGCAUGUAUUCCUAUUCAAAAAUCUAUUUGACAGCUUUGAUUAGAAUGGUGAGUGCUAGGUGGAGAGUGGUGGGCUAGGAAAUGAUCCUCACCACCUUCUGUUCCUCGCCUUGAUUGCUUUCCUUACUUUUGUGGAGCUGCCUUCUUUGUAAGUACUUCCUGGUUUUGUUGAAGGGGCACCGUGGUGUCAGUGCUGUGGCCACACACGGGGGAAGUGCAGCCUCCUCCUCAGCACAGCUGACCUGUGUGGUACGACGGGGUGAAAGGGUGGGGGUUCUGUACCCACAGGAAAGGGAUCUGCUGUAAUCCUCUGCAGACUGAACAUUAGGAGAGAUGUGAUCCCUUCAUAUGUACAGCAUCAUUCCUGGGAUUGUUUUCACUCAUUCAGCUUACCUAGAGAAGGGGUAGUUUCCAGAACACUGGAGCAGAGUCUUCCUUGAUUGCUAGUUGAGGCAUGACAGGACUGUGCAGUCUGACUGCAGCUAGUGGCAAUUCCACAGGUCAUCAGAAAACAUCCUUCCCAUUUUCAGGCUUGCUUUCCCCUAUCAGUGGGCUAAUUUACUUCCUGAAUGCAUUAGCCUGUGCCUAGUUCCCUGCAUGUGCUGGACAAAUGUGCUUAAUGCAGAGCUACAUACCUUCAGUGUUCCACAGGCCUCACAGUAUUGUAGAGCACUUUGUAGCAAAUGGAGCACCAACAUGCACAUACCUACCAUAAAGAGUUUGUUUACAGAAAUCUUUCUAAUUUAGAAUCACAGUAAUUCAGCUAAUAGGGGCUCCAGUAGUAACAAGUUUCCAGUAGGCUCCCUCCAUGGCCAUCAGUUCAUCAUGAGUGCCCCUUUCAAUGACGAGUCCCUGGGACAUCACCGCAAUGAUGUCGGCGUUCUGGAUGGUGGACAAGCGGUGGGCAAUGACGAUGCAGGUCCUCCCUUCUCUGGCCUUAUCCAGCGCUGCCUGCACAGUCUAAAGGCAACAAAGUGUCAGAGUGAAAAUAUGCAAACCAAAUCAGGGCUCAGAGCUGCAGGAACCCAAUUGCUUCAGAUAAAUUGGCUUUUAAAAGUGACAAGUGAAUGAGGCUAAAUCAAAGGUUAUGAUACUGGUGUGCUUAGCUGGGUCAUGAACUCUGCUCACAAGCAGUACAAAGGAGGAACAGGUAAACACAGACAGUAGUAGAAAUUAAUGAAGGGUUUUACUCAGGUAAUGUGCUAAGUGUCAGCUCAGUGUGGAUAUGGUUUUAAAUUCCACCAUUUCUCUAAUCUCUGCAAGUAACCAAGCUACACAAAUUAUCACCCAAGUUCUUAGGCCCCUCACUGCUGUUUUUAUUGGCUAGUCAGGAUUAUUAUUUGUAUGCAUUAAUACAUUUUUAUUUUGGUUGUUUUUUAAUGUACAGUUACAUUUAUGAACUAUUCCCAUCUGAAUGCUUUGAAACCCAGGCAAUUAGUACCCACAUUUCUGAAAAAGUGCUGCCUCUUAUGGACAGUUUAGGAGCCCUUGGAGCUGACUGCUUUUUUUUAUAGCUGUGCCUCCUGCAUCUUUUGGAAAGAUCAUUAAAGAUGGAAGUCCUGAAUUCACUAUACGGAAUAACAUGCGGUCCUGUAGUGGAGUAUGUUGGGAUGUCUGUAUUGAACAGAAAGGCUUUGUACACCGUAAGCCAUUGUAUUAACUUUCCCCUAUUGCUCAUCACUGCACAUCUACCUUUUCGCUUUCCGUGUCUAAGGCAGAGGUAGCUUCAUCCAGUAAUAAAAUUUUAGGAUCUCGGAUGAUGGCCCUCGCUAUGGCAAUGCGUUGCUUUUGCCCACGAGACAGCUGGGAUCCUUGUGCCCCAACAUUAGUUUCAUAUUUCUGAAAAAUAUACAAAAGGAAGAUUUUAUUCAGUUGUAAGCCAACACAGCAGUACACAGCCUGAAGGAAGAGCAGGAGGAGAGA